ACUGGUUGCCAAGCGACGGCAGCGUCUCAUCAAAGUGGAAGCUAAAAUGCUAGUAGUGUUUUGUUGCUAGCUAUGCGGGUAUUUUAACUUUUUUAACCGCAAAGCCCUCACUUUUGGCUGCGUCUGCUGCCCCCCUGGGUCCCUCACCGACGCUCCCUCAGCAGAGACCACCAGCUGGGGUGAGACUCAGGACAACACAGGGAUGGAGGUAAGCACCGCAUAUAUUGGCAGGUAACACUUCAAAAAUACAUUUAGUAAAAAAAAUAAUAUCUCUUUUAACCAUGACAAGAAUAUAGCUAAGAUGCAAUAUGUCGUUUUAAGUAAGUACACUCACUGUAAAAGAAAAAAAAGAAGAAACAGGCAGAGCAUAUUAACGACGCAUGUGGAAUAAACCAACAUUUAUUCCGUUGUGCAACAGGUAAAGCAGGUAACCUUGUACAGGAGGUCUGGGGAAGUAAAACUGCACAGCAAGGUCAAAUGGUUUAUUAUUUGCAGUUUGUUUUAGCAGCAUUACCAGCAAUUAUAGUGUUGUGCAUCCUAUUUAAGCUGUGUGUCUGUGACUGUAUGUCUAAGAGUGUGUGUGUGGUGCAUGCUUAUUUGCUGAAAGCUGUGAGCACUUGCUUGUAGUGGCCUCAUGCCAAGAAAAUUGUUUUCAGAUGCUGCAACUACACUGUUUUUGAAGGGAUGCUUGUAGAUCUUUGCAUGCUGGGUUUAUUAUUCUACUAAAAAACUAAGUUUUGUUUAUUUGCACAAGCAGAAGGAUGGUGUUUUAACUGCUCAGGUGGUCUCCAGCCGUGUAUCCCGACUUGGACACUUUGGUACCGGGCUACAGCGUUCCUAUCACAGCCUUUCUCUACCUAGUCACAAUCUCAGAGACAUAUCUAUAUUAUGCAAUUACGUCUAUGUUCAGAAGCUGGAGCUGCCACACAACAAAAUUAAAGAUCUGUCUUGCGUGAGCCAUAUGCCCUACCUCGUCAUCCUGGACGCUUCUCACAAUGAAAUCUCCAACUUCUUUGAAUUCCAGCCACCCAAGAACCUAAAGGAAGUCAAUUUCUCCCACAACCAUAUGACAAAAAUGAAGGAUUUGGCAGCUUAUUUAUCACUUAAUAAACUGAAUCUGGACCACAACAGCUUCCGUGAGAUCAGUGGUCUUGAGCAAUGUUGCAAGCUCACCCAUCUUAGCCUGGCACACAACAGGAUCUCAAGGAUCAGCGGGCUGGACAGUCUACCCGUGACACACCUCUGCCUUAGGGGGAACCAGCUGGAGACGAUUGAAGGGUUGGAGAACCUGAAGAGCCUGCAAGUUCUCGAUUUGUCUCUGAAUCGUAUCAGCAGUCUUUCAGGCCUCCAGAAUCUCCACCUACUAGGCUUCAUCGACCUGGAGAAUAACUUGAUAAGUGAAAUUCAGGAAUGUAAGCACAUUCACAAUCUUCUUCUGCUGAGGGACCUUAAUCUGCUGAGAAACCCUGUGCAGGAGCAACCUGAUUACAGGCUGGCAGUCGUCUUCCUCCUUCAGCAUCUGACUAUGCUGGACCAGAAAAAAGUCACUGCUGAAGAAAAGGUGUCAUCAAUAAACAAGUAUGACCCUCCUUUGGAUGUGGUGGCUGCCAGGGAUCACAUGACCCACCUUGUGUAUCAGCUGAUGCAACCCCAGGUCCUGUAUGACAGCAGUACACUGCCCAGUCCCGACUCUCCAUACCCCAUGCUGGUGCUGACAGGUCCUCAAGGCUGCGGGAAGAGAGAAUUGGCUCACAGAUUGUGUCAGGAGUUCAGCGAAUACUUUGCUCAUGGAACCUGUCACACAACUAGAGCAGCCUACUUUGGGGAGGAGAAUGGACUUGAUUACCAUUUUGUCAGUGAGGAGGACUUUCAGAGCAUGAUUCCAGUGGGUAAGUUUAUCCAGACCUUGCAGUAUGGGGGUCACAGCUACGGUCUCACCAGAGAUGCCAUAGAGGAAGUGGCUAGAGAAGGACUGGCCUGCUGUGUGCAUAUGGAGCUGGAGGGUGUGUUCAGUCUGAAGAACAGCUACUUUGAACCUCGAUACAUCCUGCUCAUCCCCAUCCAGGUGGAGAAGUACACCGGCCACCUGAAAAAACGUGGGCUCUAUUCUCAAGCACAGAUUGAUGCUGCGGUGUCACGUAUAGAGCUAUAUGCCAACACCAACAAACAACGUCCAGGAUUCUUCGAUAAUGUUAUCCCCUGUGAUGACCGGGAAGAGGCUUACCAGACGCUGAGACAAGCAGUGAAGGGCUACCUGUUGCUAGAGGAGCAGGCGGAAGGCGAGAACAACAACAGAGCAUCUCCUGACAACACCUCUACAGCCUCAGGUCAUGAGCCAGAGGAGAAGCCCCUCUCACCCCUGUUGAGGUCAGGAUCCGGCCCCCUCUCUUCACACUCUGCCACAGCUCUUGACCCCUCCGAUCCCUCCUACAGAUCCUAUUUCACCAAGAUCCAAGCAGAGCUCAGCCCUCAGAAGUGCCCUGCUGAGCUAGCCUCCAUCAGGAGGCGUGAGCGACUGGUGAGGGAGGCGAUAGCGGGGAAGAGUCCGGGGGUCUACAGCCAGCUUUUCAAAAGUUCUGCUCUAACGACACCAUCAUCACGACACAAUCAGGACACUGGCACCCAUUUUCAUGAGGACUCCAGCAGCCCCGAUGAGUCUCGUGCCAGCUCGGCUCUGUCUGUGCCCAGUUCGGCCGGUGCCUUGUCUGGCUUUGUGGAGCCGCUUGAUGCCUCCGUCCUGGGACACCCCAUGGAAACAGUCAAAGGCCAACCACCAGAUACCCCUCGUCCAGGAACAGAUCAAGCAGCUGCUGGUGUGUCUCCCACUUCUGAUAGACGCCCAGGGUCUAACGUUAAGCCCAUCCUGCCACCGAUCCCCACUGGACGUAAGACCCCUGCAGCACCCAGUCCAGCUCCAUCACCCAGACCCAGCCCAAACCCAGCAGUCGCAGAGGGAGGAGAUGCAGACAUGGAGGGAAAACCUGAUAUCUGAAGUUGCUAAUAUUUAACAAACAUAAUUUUUUGUAAGAAUAACAUUUUGUUAGCAUUAGAGGAAACUGAGAUGAAGUGAAUCAGUGUCAGUCAACCACAACAAUCCAUGUAUGUUGUUAUUUCACCACAAAAUACACACACUUUGAUGUGAUACAUCCAGGCCAAACAGUUUAGAUUAGAUUUGACUGUCAGAACUUGCCUGUUCCUGUGUUCUUUCAUUCAUGCAGCAGCACGUCUGGAUAUUUUGCUGUUAUUUUGCUUCGUCUGAUAUCUUGCUAUUCUGUGUAUCAAGAGUGAUGAUAUGAAUGACCAUAAAUGCGUUGACUACAUUAUAAUUACAGGCAAAAUUGUGCUCUUCUUUGUAUUUAAAAAACUGGCUUACAGCCCGAAAGGUGCACAUUGUUGACACACAUAAUGAUUGCGUUUCACACUGAUUGCCAAGUAUGUCUUUCAGACAUGAUAUAUAUGUAGCAGGCUUUUGAAGGACACACCUCAUAAAGCAGGUAUUUGUUCACCUUUGAAAUGCUCACAUAUACCAAAUGUGUGCCAUAUGUCAUGUUUCUUGAAUAUAGCAUUAAUUUUCCUGACAGUAAAGUGGCAUUAUAUUUCCUACUGCUCAGUAAUCUCAUCAAAUAGUAUUUGCCAUUGACAUUUAGAUAGUGAUCUUUUAUGUGUAGCAUGGAGCUCUUGUCACUGAAUGAUAAAUAUAUCAUUAAUCUUUA